AUGGAGACUAUUAAUGAAACAGAAGCAGGUCAAGUGGGCAAAGAUGCAGUCCUUCAAGAGCAGGAGAAAAAUAACAAACGUUGCCUUCAGGGUAUUGAUGAUAAGUUAUCUGAAUCGACAGAUGAUGAUGGUGAAGAUGAUACCAGUGAUGAUGAUAAUGAUGAAGACAGUCACCCUAAUAAGGAUACUCAUGCUCCAUUAGAGUUAAUGGCAGAAUUCCUGAGAGCAGAAAUGGGCCAAGACUACCAUUUGGCAAAAAAAUUAUGUCAGAUGAUUCUAAUCUAUGAACCAGAAAAUCCUGAGGCCAAGGAGUUUUUCUCACUUAUUGAAGAAAUGUUGCUGAUGGAGAAAUCUCAAAAUCUUGAGGAAGAUGAUGAAGAUAGUGAAGAAGACAGUAGCAGUGAGAGUGAAGGAGAGAGCAGUGAGGAGCUAAGUGAAGAAAGCUCUGAUGAAUGCGAAGACGGGUGAUGAAGGUUGCUGCUAUGGUUUAAUCUUCAUGUACUUUCAUUACU